AUGACGAUGUUCUAUGAGCCGUAUAUGGAGUUUUGUGCCAAAUGUGAGAAUACCUACAUGACCCGUAUUGAAAGAACUCGCGGAAACUGUUGGUGGAUCGCAUUUGCUAUCGGAUGCAUCUUCUUCUUCCCACUGUGCUACUGGCUCUGUUGUGCAUCUGCCAAGGACACCAAACACUUUUGCCCAUCUUGUGGCACAUUAUUGGCCAUCCGAAAGGGUGGAUGCUAA